AUGGCGACGUCCUUCGACAGCUGGUACUGGUUAGGAAACAGCGACAGAGAUUUGUGCCCGGGCGUAGGACUCUGGAAAUGCAAGGCACCCGACGCCUGCGCGCGCGACCCAACUGCCAGCAAAUGGUACUGUUGCAACGCCAAAAGCGACGGCUACCAGAUCUGCUGGAGGGGCAAGACCAGCUGCAGUAACAAUGGCCCGAUCUUGCAGUGCGAUAUUGGCCAGAAGACGUGGUGUUGCCUUGAAGACAGCAUGCCCUUCCUCGAGUCGGCCUAUUCGUCGCUCAGCAGCGCCGCGGCCGCGACCGCGAUCGCCCUCAGCUUCGACCCGCUCAGCCUCAUCUCCCUCACCGCCGCGCCGCCUACCGUGAUGGUCGGCCCAGGGACGGGACGUCCUCCGCGGGCUCCAUCUCGCACGCAGCAGGUCCCGCGACCACCACCGCCGGCCCCGGCGCUCCCAACUCCUCGGGCGGCGGGCUGGGGCGGCGGCGCCAUCGCCGGCAUCGCCGUCGGCGUCGCGGCCGGCCUAGCCCUCGUGGCCGUCGGCAUCUUCCUCCUGUGGCGGCGCGGCAGGCCCGGGGCGUACGCCAAGCCCGGCAACCACCCGGGGCGACCCAAGCUCGGGGGUGAAUGA